UACCUAUAAGAAUCUCUCCCUCUAAAAUCACCUUCAUCUCUCUCUCUCUCUCUAACUGCUUUUCAAAAAUCUUUCAUUUCCCCUUACCUAAUUACCAAAUUCAGUUUAACACAAAAACAAAAACAGAAGUGUUCACACACAUCAAAACUCCAACAAAAUGGUAGUGGGUAUGAUGAAAUGGAGGCCAUGGCCACCACAAUCAUCCAACAAAUUCAAAGUCAAGAUCAUCAUCCGGCACCUUCAAGAUUCUGCAACUGCAGCUGCAGAUGGUGGUGGUCAAGAUGUUUCAAAAUUGGCUGUUGAAGUUGUGUGGAAAGGGUGUAAUAAGCCGAAUAAUCCGUUGAGUUUUAAGCGCAGAAGUGUUAGGAGGAAUGUUACCAAGGAUGGGUGUUGGAAAGAUGAUGGGGUUGUUGAGUGGAAUGAAGAGUUUGUUAGUGUUUGUAGUUUGUUCGGGUUGAAAGAUGGCGGUUUUCAUCGGUGGGAUGUUGCAUUCAUGGUGUUCGACGGAUCAAAUCAAGAACCAAAAAAGAGGUAUUGUGCUGUAGCAACUGGAUCAUUAAACCUUGCAAAAUUCGCUUCAUCUUCUGAGCAAAACGUGACCGAUAUAAGCAUUCCUCUUUCAGCUCCUGGUGGCAUCGCAGAAUCUGGACCGAUACUUUGUAUAUCUUUGAGCCUGCAAGAGCUGAGGAUUGCACACGAGACUACCGAACAAGCACAAAGAUCUAUUAUACCGCUUCCAUUAUCAACGGGUAAUAUGCAAGAUGAGCCCUCGGGCCUUAAAGCUGGUCUUCAGAAAGUCAAAAUCUUCAGGGCUAUAUCAGUCAAUCGAGCUAAAAAAGCAUGUCAUGAAGAAGAAUGUAGCGAUGGAAAAAGCUCGGUCAGAGGUUACGAUGCCGACUACCCAUUUGACACAGAAUCACUUGAAACAGAUGAAGUUGACUCAGAGGAAGUCAAAGAUGAAGACUCUAUUGUUAGAAAAUCUUUCAGUUAUGGAACUCUCGCUUACGCAAAUCAUGCUGGAGGGUUAUCUUACUUUAAUUCGAGCUCUAGUGAAGAUGAAGAUUGGAUAUACUACCGGAAUUAUAAAGAAGAAAGCGAGUAUUCCAAUGAAUCUAUUAUCGAUCCUUUAGAAGCACAAAUCCCGAAACGAAGCAUCUUCACGUGGAGGAAACGAAAGUUGAGUUUUAGAUCUCCGAAGAUCAGAGGCGAACCGCUUUUGAAAAAAGAUUCUGGAGAAGAAGGCGGGGACGAUAUCGAUUUUGAUCGCAGGAUGCUGAGUUCUUCCGAUGAGCGUAAAAGUGACGUGGACACGAAUACAAACCGAUCUUCAAUCUCCGAAUUUGGAGACGAUAAGUUUGCGGUAGGUAGCUGGGAGAAGAAAGAAGUGAUAAGCAGAGAGGGGCACAUGAAACUUGAGACCCAAGUUUUCUUUGCUUCAAUUGACCAAAGAAGUGAACGAGCCGCUGGUGAGAGUGCAUGCACCGCUUUAGUCGCGGUUAUAGCUGACUGGUUCCAAAACAACUUGAACGAAAUGCCAAUCAAGUCACAACUCGAUAGCUUAAUCCGAGAUGGUUCAUUAGAAUGGAGAAAUCUUUGCGGAAAUGAAGUUUAUAUGGAACGGUUUCCAGAUAAACAUUUUGACUUAGAAACGGUCCUUCAAGCGAAGAUCCGAAAUCUCGCUGUAGUCCCUGAAAAAUCAUUCAUCGGAUUCUUUCAACCCGAAGAGAUUAAAGAGAUCGAUCUUCAUUUUCUUGACGGUGCUAUGUCAUUUGAUAGCAUAUGGGACGAAAUCACUAAUAUCGGGUCAACUUACACCGACAGCAUGAACCCGUUGGUUUACAUUGUAAGCUGGAACGACCAUUUUUUUGUGUUGAAAGUCGAACGCGACGCAUAUUAUAUUAUUGACACGUUGGGAGAGAGGCUAUAUGAGGGAUGCGAUCAGGCUUACAUGUUGAAGUUCGACAAAGAAUCUGUAAUUGAGAGACUACCGGUAGAUACUAAAAAGUCAAAUGAGAAACUGGACGCUGAGAAAGUCAACGAGAGUCAAGUUAUCGAGACUGCCUCAGCAGUUGUAAGUAAUGAGAAUGAGAUCGUGUGCAAAGGAAAAGAGUCGUGCAAGGAGUAUAUUAAGAGCUUUUUGUCUGCGAUCCCGAUAAGGGAAUUGCAGGCCGAUCUGAAAAAAGGGUUGAUGGCAUCAUCGACUACCGUAGUUCAUCAUCGGCUUCAAAUCGAGUUUCACCACACUAGCUGCUCUUCGGUUUAAGCAGCAAUGGCUAUUAGCCUAACAUCUAAUAUGUAAAUGUAAGUGUCUAAUACUCAUAUAAAUCUAUACAAGUAUUAUCUAACAGUCCAA